AAAAUGAAUUGCAAAUAUUUUUCUAGUUGUCGCAAUUCUUUAAAGUGAUCCGAGUUUUUCAUUAAUAUUUCGUUAAUUUAAUGUAUAAUAAUUAUUAAUUAGUGAAUCAGAAAGGUGCACAGAAGCUAGCAAAAUGGUUCUCGAAAGUACUAUGAUCUGUGUUGAUAAUAGCGAUUAUAUGAGAAAUGGUGAUUUCAUUCCUACUCGAAUGCAAGCUCAACAAGACGCUAUAAACUUGGUUUGUCAUUCUAAAACUAGAUCGAAUCCGGAAAACAAUGUCGGUUUGAUCACACUAGCUGAUAGAGUCGAAGUGCUUACUACUUUGACUACAGAUGUUGGAAAAAUCUUAGCUAAAUUGCAUCAGGUUCAGCCCUGCGGUGAUAUCAAUUUUCUAACUGGAAUGCGUAUAGCUCACUUGGCUUUGAAACAUCGUCAAGGUAAAAAUCAUAAAAUGAGAAUUGUUGCUUUUGUCGGAAGUCCCGUUGAACAUGACGAAAAGGAAGCUGUCAAAGUAGCUAAACGAUUGAAGAAAGAAAAAGUAAACGUUGAUAUUGUAUCGUUUGGCGAAGACGCUCUAAAUGGUACAGUUUUGUCUACGUUUAUCAACACUAUCAAUGGAAAAGAGGGAAAUUCGAGCCAUUUAGUUUCUAUUCCACCUGGCCCUCAUUUAUCCGAUGCUUUGUUAUCUUCUCCAGUCAUUCAAGGUGAAGAUGGCUCUGGUGGAGCUGGACUAGGCGGAUCAGGCUUUGAAUUCGGCGUUGAUCCUAAUGAAGAUCCGGAAUUGGCUUUGGCCUUACGUGUCAGUAUGGAAGAACAAAGACAACGCCAGCAAGAAGAAGCUCGACGAACUCAGACUACCGAAACUCCUUCGGCUACUGCUCCUCCGACUAGCCACGAAGUUUCCAGCGACGAAGCGAUGUUAGAACGGGCUUUGGCUAUGUCGAUCGAAGAAUCCGCUCCUCCUGCUGCUGCUCCUGUUGCUGCUGCUGCUAGUGCUGCCCCUCAAGAACCAGAUUUCAGCGCUAUGACUGAAGACGAACAGAUCGCUUUCGCUUUAAGAAUGAGUAUGCAAGAUGUGGUCGCCACACCAUCGUCAUCAUCCAGUGGCUCGGAGGAGAAAAAAGAAGAACCCUCGAAAGCCAAACCGAAAGACGAAGAAAUGGAAGUAGAUUAUAGUAACGUAACCGAUACAGAUUUCUUAAAAAGUGUCUUGGAACGACUACCAGGUGUAGAUCCGCAAAAUCCCGAAGUACAAGAAGCCUUAAAAUCUGCCGGCAAAGAUGAAUCAAAAGAUAAAGAUAAAGAUAAGAAAAAAGACGCUAAAAAGUAAACACCAACCGACCACCAUUCGUGAUUUUUUUACUGUGCAGAAACGAAUAGAGCCAAGAUACGAAAAUUAUUAUCGUCUGCGGUUUUUUCUUUUUUUUUACAUGAAUUACGCUCGUUUAAUCGAUAACACUAUUACCGUUACGAGAUUUUUUAAAAUCUUUCUUUAUGUGGAGAAACAAAAAAAUUUGAGGUAUGUUAGAUGUCAUAUUUGUGUAAUUAUUCAAUAUAAAAAUAUUUCAUUAUUUU